CUCCAAUUUUGUUAUCCGCGCCUGCCACUUCGACCGCCGCCCCGGCCUUCCCCGCGCCGCCUCUCCUCCACCUCCUCCCUACUCACGCUGGCCUCUUCCCCCUCCUACAGUCUUCGCCCUGCGCCGCUGUCGGUCCGGCGUGCAUCCUGCCCUCCCCCGCUGCACCCCCCCCCCUCCAUGGCCUAUGCAGGCUGGGUCUAGCAGGCCGGCUCCGUUAACCCGCUGGAUUUCCACGUCGCUGAGUUUGCUCCGGUGCUGAACUGAGAACCCGAUAUGUUGGGUUUAGCGCCCCUCCGCUUCGCUGCUCCCCCUGCUCGCGCCUCCGCCACCGCCUGCUGCGGAAACACCUCGCUCGCGGAUGGCGGCCAGCUCUCGGUUCUCGUGCCGGAGGCCGACGAAGGUGACGCGCUGCCGCCGGAGAAUAUGCAUAAGUGGAGGAUGGUGAUCGCCUACGACGGGACCAAGUUCAAAGGUUGGCAGUAUCAACCAUCACCUCCAACAAUACAAUGCUUUUUAGAGAAUGCACUGAUACGCGUCACUAAGCUGGAUCGGAAGAAGCUAUGCUUGGUUGGUGCAGGCAGGACAGAUACAGGUGUUCACGCAUGGGGUCAGGUUGCACAUUUUACUACACCUUUUGCCUACCAUUGCCUCGAUAACAUUCAUUCUGCAAUCAAUGGACUUCUUCCUCCUGAGAUUCGAGUCAGGGAAAUCAGUGCAGCAUGUCCUGAAUUCCAUGCUCGUACAUCCACAAAGAGCAAAAUUUAUCACUACAAGAUCUAUAAUGAGGCAAUCAUGGAUCCCUUCCAUAAUCAUUAUGCUUACCAUAGUGCUUAUAAACUUAAUCCACAUGCUAUGCGGGAGGCUGCAAAGCAUUUUAUUGGAAUCCAUGACUUCACAUCUUUUGCCAAUGCAGUGCAUAACGAUCGUGUGCGCAGUCCAAUAAAGAAGAUAACACGUUUUGAUGUUAGUGAAAUGGGUUCUGUCUUACAGCUUGAGGUUGAAGGCACUGGCUUUCUGUACAGACAAGUGAGGAACAUGGUAGCUUUAUUGCUUCAAGUUGGAAAGGAAGCGCUGCCUCCUGACAUCGUCCCAAUGAUCAUUGAAGCGAGGGACCGCAAAGAGUUGGCGAAAGUGGCCUUGUCAGCACCACCACAUGGACUGUAUCUAAUGUCGGUCAACUACGACAAGGAAAUCCUGGAGCCUCCUGAAGGCUCCCCUCCAAUUUCCUUUGGUAGGACUCACCAACUUAGUAAAUGUAAGCUUACAUUUUAUUAAUUGAUUACUACUGAAGAAAAGAUGUACUAGAUUUUAGUUUUUUUACCUCCUACAGUUCCCUUGGUUUCAUACUGUCAACCAUAGGCCUUGAUUGCUGCUAAUUUCUGGGCAGAGGAUUUGAUUAAAAGACCCCUAACGAACUGAAGUAAUUAUCUCUAUCGAUUCAUUUA